CGAUGACGCAACGCGACAACUGCGGGUCCCGAUUGCUGCAGCCGCUUGUCAGUGUGACGAAGAUUGGCACUCAGGACCGCCAUUGUCCCGCUGCUCUAUAAUGCUUCACUGCUCACAGCAGUAACCAUGAUGGCAACUCAGUCAGUGUCCAUAGACGAGUACCAGGAGGGAGAGCAGAUGCAAGUGGUGGCGCAGACAGACAGUACCCCAGAUCAGAGGUUUCCUGAAGGGAACACAGCGGGUGCCAGCAGUCCCGCUCCCGCUGAGACCCAGACAUCCAUGGAUGCAGAUAAGGACUCCAUAUACAGGCACCCCCUGUUCCCCCUCCUGGCCCUGCUGUUUGAGAAGUGCGAGCAGUCCACGCAGGGCUCGGACUGCGUCACCUCCGCCAGCUUCGACGUCGAUAUCGAGAACUUUGUCCGCACCCAAGAGAAAGAGGGCAAGGCCUUCUUCAGCGACGACCCUGACCUCGACAACCUGAUGGUGAAGGCCAUCCAGGUGUUGCGCAUCCACCUGUUGGAGCUGGAGAAGGUGAGCGACUUGUGCAAAGACUUCUGCAGCCGCUACAUCGCCUGCCUGAAGACUAAGAUGAACAGUGAAACUCUGCUUAGCGGAGAACCUGGCAGCUCCUACUCACCUGUACAGACACAGACAUCCAGCCCUUUUACAGGGACACUCAGCCCUCAGGGCAUUGUAGUGCCAGCGUCAGCGCUUCAGCAAGGCAAUGUCACCGUGACGACCGUCAACCCCACUCAGGUGGUGGCAGGUAUGUCUCCAUGGCAUACGACCCACACAGGUGGCACCGUGUACCAACCUGUCACAGUUGUAACUCCCCAGGGGCAGGUAGUGACACAGACUCUCUCACCUGGGACAAUACGCAUCCAAAACACACAGCUCCAGCUACAGCUCAACCAGGACCUCAGCCUCUUCAACCACGAUGACGGGUCAUCCAAGAACAAGCGCGGCGUGCUUCCCAAGCACGCCACCAACGUCAUGCGCUCCUGGCUCUUCCAGCACAUCGGGCACCCCUACCCCACCGAGGAUGAGAAGAAACAGAUCGCCACCCAGACCAACCUGACCCUGCUGCAGGUCAACAACUGGUUCAUUAACGCGCGGCGGCGGAUCCUGCAGCCCAUGCUGGACGCCAGCUCCUCGGAGACGCCCAAGACCAAGAAGAAGACGCCGCAGAACCGGCCGCUGCAGCGCUUCUGGCCCGACUCCAUCGCUUCGGGGGUGCCCCAGCAGCAGGUCACCAUGGCCGACGGCACGAUGGUGACCGUGGGCGUCAGCGUGGACGGGCUGCAGACGCUGUCUUCGGACGGGGCGACGCUCGCGGUGCAGCAGGUGAUGAUGGGGGGGCAGAGCGAAGAGGAGUCGGUGGGCAGCGGGGAGGACGACGACGGCGACCUGUCCAACGCGAACAUCGCCGGGCUGGGCCUGGACACCAGCGACUCACUGCAGUAGGACUGGACAGUGAACCACUCGCAUGGAGACACGUUCAGCACCUACAGACGGUCGUACAGAGACACACAGCACACAAACUCACAGAGUCACACUGACGGAGACCCAGAGCACAUAUCUUCACAGAGGCCCAGUCAUAGAAAACACACUUUUAGGGGCUGUUGUGAGGACAGUGGCCAGACAAAAGCAGAAUGCUGAAUUGGCUGAUUCCUUAAGUCCUAAAGGUCAUGUAAAAUCAUUUAAAUUUACAUAAUGUCAUGUAAAUUUGGCAGAUCCUUCUGUAAAUUGGAUUUUCUGGUAUGACACAAAUGUGAUGUAAAAUGUUUAUGUAAGGAAUAAAAAUCACAUAUGCUAAACACACUCACUCACACACACACACACACACACACACACAUCAUGCAGAGAGCACAACUGUGGGACAGACAGGAGAGCCUGUUGUUGGCACACACACAGUGAGUUGUGUGUCAGGAGUUUCAUUUCAGAAACAGUUUUAUACAUAGUUGUAGAAGAGUGCACUUUUUUGUAUUAUAUGGUAACCUACAAAAGAUGAAAGAAAAACAAAAGUGUUACACACCCUUUAACAAGCUGUUAGGGUCGGUAAAAACAUGUUGGAUGAAUCUUUUUUUUUCCACCCUCUUUUGGGAUGCCAACACUUUAAAAAAUUUCUACCUGUAUUGAUUUUCUUCACUUAGCAUGCCUGUAUUUGACUAGCUGUGCUCACAAGGAAGAUGGACUUCAGGGCUUACACCAGGAGCCUCUGUGGCCC